AUGGCAUCUUUAGAUCUUUUAACGCCACAUUUAUCUAAAAUUAAAAUACCGUCUGCCCAACAAUUAGUCUACAAGGAUGAGUGUGUAUAUUCUUUUGACAAUCCGAAAUCAGAGACUGGUCUAUAUGUUUCACUAACAUCUUUCCUCGGCUUCGGUCGAAAUUACGUCGAGCAGUACUUCCAGAAGACUGGGAAUGCUGUCUUUCUACAUAUAUUCAGAGAUAAGAAGCCUAUUCCCGAACCAGAACAAACCGGUGAUGGUCCGGAGAAGAAGAUCACCCGUCUGGCUAUCGGAGUUGAGGGUGGGUUCGACCCUGACUGUAACAAGGCAAAAUAUACCUACACAGAUCAUUAUAACGUAGUGAUCUUGCCUGGAUUUCACACUUAUCCCUGGCCUAAUGAUGCUUUGCCUGAAGUGAUUAAAAAAUCAGUCCAAGGCGUCCUAGACGCAGAGUCACCUUUCAAAAUAGCUGAAAUGGAAGUACUGGCCGGUACUUGGGAUGGAGAAAAACGAGAAGUGUCUGUCCAUUCAGUAAACCUAACUCAAUUGGAUAAUGGUGUUAAAAUACCACCAUCUGGUUGGAAGUGUUCCAAGUGUGAUCUAACAAAUAACCUGUGGCUGAAUCUCACCGAUGGUUCUAUACUCUGUGGUAGAAGAUUCUUUGACGGCUCUGGUGGAAAUGAUCAUGCUGUGGAGCAUUACCGUGAAACUGGGUACCCUCUGGCGGUGAAGUUGGGAACUAUCACGUCGGAGGGCAAGGGCGACGUGUACUCGUACGCGGAGGACGAUAUGGUAGAAGAUCCUUAUUUAGCUGAUCAUUUGAAGCAUUUCGGAAUAAAUGUCCAGCAACUGGAAAAGACGGACAAGUCGAUGGUGGAGCUGGAGCUGGAGCUGAACCGUCGCAGCGGCGAGUGGAGCGCGCUGCAGGAGUCGGGCACGUGUCUGCGGCCGGUGUACGGGCCCGCGCUCACCGGCCUCAACAACCUCGGCAACUCCUGCUACAUCAAUAGUGUCGUGCAGGUGCUAUUUAGAAUGCCCGACUUCAUCCGGCGGUACGUAGAAGGGGCGCCUGAAAUAUUCUCUACGUUUCCAGAAGAUCCUGCCAACGACUUUGAUGUACAGAUGGCUAAAUUAGGCGUGGGUCUGGUAUCGGGACGCUACUCGUUCCCACCGUGCGAGGGCGCGCAGGCGGGCGUGUCGCCGCACAUGUUCCGGCGCGUGGCGGCGCGCGGACACGCGGAGUUCUCCACCAAGCGGCAGCAGGACGCGCACGAGUUCUAUCUGCAUCUGCUUAAUCUUAUUGAGCGCCACAGCCGGCACAAGGCCAACCCGUGCGAGUGCGUGCGGUUCGCGGUGGAGGAGCGCAUGCAGUGCGGCGCGUCGCGCGGCGUGCGCUACACGGCGCGCGCCGAGCACCACCUGCCGCUGCCCGUGCCGCUGCACGCCGCCGCCAACGCGCCCGCCGUGCGCGACUACGAGCGCCGGCGCGCCGCCGCCGAGGCCGCCGGACAGCGGCUGGAUCCAUCUCUGGUGGUGCGACCGCACAUCCCGUUCCAAGCGUGUCUCGACAGUUUCAUGAAGGAGGAGACUGUGGAGCAGUUCUACAGUUCUGCUGUCAAUAAGAAAGUGACUGCACGAAAAAUAACUCGCCUCGCCACGUUCCCGGAUUAUUUGCUAAUUCAACUGAAAAAGUUCACUAUCAAAGAGGAUUGGACACCGGCCAAGCUCGAUGUAGCUGUUGACAUGCCAUGGGAGGUGGAUCUAAGCUGUCUCCGAGGAAGGGGAGUCCAGCCCGAUGAAACUCUUCUGCCUGAUGCCGCUCCAGACGCCCCUGCACCUGUAUAUAACGAGGAAUGGAUGACUAAACUUCUGGACAUGGGCUUCCCAAUAGAAGCGUGUAAAAAAUCCCUAUACUACACGAACAACUCUGGCAUGGAGGCGGCCUCCAACUGGCUCAUGGAGCACAUGACUGACUGGGACUUUGAGAAUAAAUUUGAACCCCCUGGCUCGCAGAAUGCAGGCGCGCACGCAGCCGCGGCGGUGGAUGAGGCGAGCGUCGAGCAGAUAACGAGCAUGGGCUUCACCAGCGCGCAGGCGGCCAGAGCCCUGCGCGCCACCGACGGGGACGUGGCCCGUGCGCUGGACUGGAUCUUCAGUCAUGCUGACCAGCUGGACGGAGAGGACACCACGGCUGCACCUGUGCAGGACAGGACGCUCGGAUGCAGGGAUGGGCCGGAGAAAUACAAACUGGUCGCAUUCAUAUCACACAUGGGAACAUCUACAAUGGUGGGCCACUACGUGUGCCACAUCCUGCAUGAAGGUCAAUGGGUCAUAUUCAAUGACAAUAAGGUGGCUCUCUCAGAAAAUCCUCCCAAAGAUCUCGGUUACUUAUACCUGUAUGAAAGGCUG